UUAGUUUUCACGAAGGCAAUGUUUAUACUAUAUUUUACGACCCACGUCUGUUUAAAAGAGCAACUGUCUGUAACUUCAACACUCAACCAAACACUUGAAAAUGGAGAGCAGUCUCAACACUGAACCAGAGAUUCAGUUUCCAACUCCACCAUUGGAAGACAAUGAAAGCAUAGGAGAGAGCAGCAAUAAUGGCGAAGCUGCAUUUUCUUCAGCUCUGGAAAGAGAAGAUGGAGAUUCCUCACAACUGCCAACAAUUAGCUCCAAGUUAUUGAGAAUGCUGGAGGCAGCGACCAACAGGCGGCCUGCACUCGUACCAAUGCAGAACAGCGAGGAAGUGUUCGAUGCAAAUGAUGGAGCGGUCAAUGAAGCGCCAAGAACAAAAAGACAAAUCCAGUAUCCUGAGCAGACGCAAGAAUUCAACAGUCGAUUAACAAAGACGGGCCGUCGCUCACUGUCCCACUCUAUUUCUCAAUCCUCUACAGACAGCAACAGCUCAGGGGACUCAGAUGCAGAAAAUCUAGAAGAUGAAGUCUCUCCUCGAGACAGGCUGCAGAUUAACUCCAAAGGGAACAGGGACUUCUGCGUCAAAAACAUCAAGCUGGCAGACUAUGGCCGCCGAGAGAUAGAGCUUGCUGAGGAUGAGAUGACUGCACUGAUGACCUUAAGAAAAUCUGCUCGAGGAGAAAAACCGUUGUCAGGGGCUAAAAUAGUGGGAUGUACCCACGUCACAGCCCAGACAGCUGUGCUGUUGGAGACUCUGAUGGUGUUAGGGGCUCAGUGCAGGUGGGCAGCCUGCAAUAUUUACUCCACUCAGGAUGAAGUGGCAGCUGCUUUAGCAGAGCAAGAUUUUCCCGUUUUUGCAUGGAAGGGAGAAUCUGAGGAUGACUUCUGGUGGUGUAUUGAUCACUGUGUAAAUGUGGAGGGCUGGGAGCCAAACAUGAUCCUCGAUGAUGGAGGAGAUAUGACACAUUGGAUAUACAAGAAAUAUCCUCACCUCCUCAAGAAAGUCAAGGGGAUUGUUGAAGAAAGUAUCACCGGCAUUCACAGGCUUCAUCACCUCUCUAAAGCUGGAAAACUAUGUGUGCCAGCCAUAAAUGUGAAUGACUCUGUCACUAAACAGAAGUUUGACAACCUGUACUGCUGCAGGGAGUCCAUUCUGGAUAGUCUUAAAAAGACCGCUGAUGUAAUGUUUGGCGGAAAGCAGGUGGCUAUAUGUGGAUACGGAGAGGUGGGAAAAGGUUGUUCUGCAGCUCUGAAAGCGAUGGGAUCUGUUGUGUAUGUGACCGAAAUCGACCCCAUCUGUGCCCUACAAGCAUGCAUGGAUGGCUUACGAUUGGCCAAACUAGGUGAUAUUGUAAGCCAAGUGGACAUUGUCAUCACCUGCACAGGAAACAAAAACGUUGUUGUGAGGGAACACAUGGACCUAAUGAAGAAUGGCUGCGUUGUCUGCAACAUGGGACGCUCUAAUACAGAAAUCGAUGUUACCAGUCUGAGAACCCCAGAGUUAGCAUGGCAGCAUGUGAGAGCGCAAGUGGAUCACAUUAUUUGGCCUGAUGGAAAGAGAAUUGUUCUUCUAGCUGAGGGCCGUGUCCUUAAUCUAAGCUCCUCCACUGUACCCAUAUACGUGCUUUCCAUCACAGCCACCACACAGGCUUUGGCAUUGAUCGAGCUCUUUAAUGCCCCUGAUGGCCGUUACAAGCAAGAUGUCUACCUUCUUCCCAAGAAACUGGAUGAGUAUGUUGCAAGCCUGCAUCUUCAAACAUUUGACGCACACCUGACUGAACUCACCGACGAUCAAGCUAAAUACAUGGGCUUGAACAAAUACGGCCCCUUCAAACCGAGUUUCUACAGGUAUUAAGAACAUAGAGGUGUCUCAAUGUAACCUAUCAUCAGAUUUAAAAGAAAACAUAUGCAUCUAAAGCUAUGGUAAUUU